AUGAACCGCGUCACCGUUGCCUCCAUAGCUUACAUUGCUACUCAGGUCCGAUUUGCCCUAAGCUCAUCCUCGGUAUUCUCACGAACCGACACAUCCACAGACUCUGAGACAUUUUACCACAGCCUCCUUGACCUUUUCGAAGACCCGGACGAAUCCAAGGAAGUCGACGAGCUACUGACAUGGUGGAAUCGGUAUUAUUUUAACUCUUCGACAUUUCGCUGA